UCUUUCAAGAACGCCCAGUCCACCACUUCCGCCCCUCUCGCCUGCCGCAGCGCCCCUUUCCGCAAGCACCACAAAGAGAUAUAGAAGAUUGAGCAAGAUGGCGUCAACACCGAGCAUGGAGCAGUACCGGGGUACGUUAUCUUCAGCGCAGUCGCGAGUCGUCGCUCAUGUCUACUAUUCCAUCUUUCUCAUUUCUACUCCUACCAACCCUUCCACCUGGCACUUUCAAUCAACAGAGAAGAUCAACGCUCGAGACGAGCACAUCAGAGAAUCAUGGAUCAAGGCUAUGGAGGCGCGAAUAGUCCGGGAGGAAUUGCAAAAGUGCUAUAGGGGCGAGGGCGUGAACCAGUUGCAGAACUGCAAGGGACUGGCAGAGAUGUACGCUGGUAUGAUCAGGGAUAACAAGGUCAAGGGUUACAAGCAGGUCGACCAAGACAUGUAAACUCGAGUUUGAAGCAGUCGCCAUGUAUUUAUUCGCA